GAAACAUAGUGAUAACCAAAGAUGGAUAUUCUUUUUAAAUAAGUAUUUUGUCAAAUUUGUAAUUUAGUAUUUAUUUCAUUAUAAUAUUGCAAUAUUGAGUUUUCAGUUUUAUCAGAUUAUCUUCAGUAUUUAAUAAAAUCCAUAUUACAGUGUUUUAUUAUGUCUCUUAAUUUAUUAUCGGUGGACCCUAAUGGACAACAGGUAAUAUUACUAUUUGAAUUACAUUUGUUUGAAAUCAUUAUCCAAUAGUAAACAAAUAGGUACACAUUUUAAACAUAUUACUUGUAUACUACACAUUUUUAAAUAAUAAUCUGGGUAACUAUGUAAAUAUAUUAACUAUAUAAAAUAAUAAAUUAUGUUAUGAAUAACAUAGUAUAUCUACUGUAUUAUUCUAAGUACAAUUUAACUUCCCUUAAUUUUUAAAUUACUAUUAUAAAAACACUAGUGUUAGUUAAGUUUUAUAAACAUAAAACAAGUAAAUUUUUAGUACACAACAUUGAUCUCAAGUGUUUACGCAAUAAACUAGGUAUUUAUCAGUACCUAUUAUCUGCUCUUUGAAUAUGUAUAAUAGGUUAAAGAUGAUCUGAUUCAAAAUGCAAAGUCUAAUGUCAAUGAUAUUGUUUUAUACUUUUAACAACAUUAAUAUCUAUUUAUGGUUAAUUUACGUAUGUGUACAAUUAAUAAAAAAUAAUUUAAUCCUCAACAUUGUUUAUGCAGUUAAGUACAUAGAUUUUUAAAUUACAAGGUUUUAUAAUAUUAAUCUUUAAUAUAUUUUUUCAAUUAUAUUAAUAUUGAGUUCAAAAAUGUGUUACUGAUAAGUGAUUUUAGUUUAUUUAUUAAAACAACAGAACACAAUACAAUAAAUUCAUAAUUGAAUUAAUUUAUGAUGACUAAAAUAUGUAGCACCAAAUAUUUUUGUUAAACAUAUUAAUUACAUAUACACACUUACAGAAAUAAUGAUUAGGUACUUAUUAAAAUAUUAUUUGUUUUAAAAAUCACCACCAGUUUUGUAAUUUAGUAUUAUUAAAUAUAAUAAUAGUCUUGCUAUUGAAAAAUAUCUGUUACAUUGGAAUACACUAGUAAAAUGAAUGCAAUCAUUACUGGUGUCACCCACUACUAGAAAGACAUAAUAAAUGUAUUAUUUAUAGUUUUAUAGACACUACUACUGUAUAUGAUAUUACUAUACUAGCUACUACUGCAAAAAAAUAGUACUCAUAAAAUAAUGUCAAUUUGAAAAAAUGCAUGUUAAAAAUAAUUGUCUUUAAUAAUAUUAUAUAUUAUAAUCUUGUACUUUUAUUGUUAUUAUGAGUAUUAUCCUAAAAUCUAGUUUUUGUGUGUUAUUUAUAAUUUAUAGGUACCUGAUAUUCAUUUUCACAUUUACUUAAUGUACCAUUGUAACAUGUACUAUUGUAUAGAUUGUACAUUUUCAUUAAAUAAACGAUUAAAUUUAAAAAAAAAAGUUACCUUAUAUUUGUAUAAAAAUCAUAUAUUAUGUAGAUAAUCUGGUUUACUAUAUAAUGUCUCAAAUUAACUUCAAUUGACAUUAAUUAAAUAAAAUUAGAAUAAUGAUUAUUACCUCACUUAAUUAGUGAUCUAUAAACUCUAAUGUACAAAAAUUAAUAUAUUUUAAUAAGAUUAUAUUCCUAGAUUUCUAUCAUAAUACUUUUUAUCAGCAUUAUUAAGUAAAAGAUACCUUAAUAUAAUUCUGGCUUGGGUCAAUAACGGAGUAAUGUCACUUUUUGGUGAAAUAAGUUAUAUGGCCAAUCACAUAAAAUUGUAUAUGCUUUUUCUAGUGAUAAAAGGAUGUAUUUCAAUAAUUAUUAUUGUGAGAUUUGAAAAGACCAAUGUUGUUAGAAAAAUUACUGUUGCAAUAUCAAAAAGGCCCAAAAAUGUGUUUUAUUCUUAAUUUCCCAAAAUUGAUUAAAAGUGAGAUUGGUUCUUUUUGACCUAAGCUCCAGAAUUAUACUAGUUACCUCACCAUUUACUUAUUGAUAUGGUUUAAUAAUUUUACUUUUUAUAUUUUAUAACUACAUUCUGCUAUUUUAAGUUAGUUACAAGUUUAGAUUUAUUGAAUGCUUGAAGUUAUUUAAAGUAUACACUAAAAAUAUUUUGGCAUGAUAAAAUUGUGUUCAGUAAUCAAGUAGGUAGGUCCUACAUUGUAUAUGAAUAAUUAAUAAUUAUUUUUAAUUUGAAUUUUAAGCAAAGAAAGUUGUACAGUGGUUUUUUAGUAUGUCUUUAUUUCAUUAUGCGGCUAUUUGUUCAUUUAUAAUUUAAUGUACGGCCUACUUACAUUUUCACUAUUUUAGACAUUGAUUGUUCAAUAAUAUGUAUUAUGCAUUUAGACGUUAACAUAUUUUCAUUAUAAAGUUAUAGCAACUUAAAGUUUACAAGGGUAAAGAUGUUAUGACCACUUGCUAAACAUUUUAACUUUGCUCAUUAGUUGUGUUAUAUAAACCUACUGACUUGUGAAUCUAAACAUGAUGUACAGUAUUAAGUAUACAGUUCUUUAAGUUUUAAUAAACUUCACUAUGUGAUAUGAGAUUGUGUUUGUACUGUAUGUAGGAGUAUGAAUGUGAAAUGAAUCAUUAUCAAUAUUUUUGUAUCCCACGAAGAACAUAGACCACAUAUUGAAAUAACACUGUUUUUUUUCUAGUUUGCACGUUUUUGGUAUACCUAGUAAGAGCCUCUUUAACAUUAAUAUUUGUAUGCAAUAGAUUUAAACUAAACCUUAGAGGAUUAUAAAUGGAAAUUACCUAUACAUUUUCUAUAAAUAGGUAAUUAAACAAAUUAACACAUAAGAGUGGUUGAUUUUAAAUUUGAUUUUCUAUUAAUUAAUUACCUAUUUAAUUAUUUUUUAAAAACAUUAUAAAUUUGUUUUAUGCAUUUUUAGUAAGUAUGUCACAUUUUUUGUUUAUAUCAAUUUCAUAAAAUAAAAUACAAAAUAAUUUUUAAUGUAAAAAAAAUAUAUGAAGGAUUACCUAGGUACCUAUCUACAUUUGAAAUGAGUAAGAGUCUUUAUUUAUCUUAUUAAUAAAACAUCAUACAAUCAGCAUGUACCUAUAGAUAAAUAUAUCCAUAAACACAUAUUUUAAUAGUUAAUACGUACGUACAUUAUGUAUAAUUUAAAUUUGCUUAUCUUUUAAGUAUUAAAACAUAUAAUUGUGCUAAGUAUUCUCGGUUUCUAAUGAUAGUACACUUGAGAUCACGUAAAAAAUAAUUAUUGUUUUUUAAGUUUUCAUUAUCAUUGAUGUUAAAUGUGAAAUUUAAGUUUCAGUUUACUUGUUACCUAACUUUUUGAAGUACAUAACGAUUUAUCAAAUAAUAAUUUUAAAAAAAAGGUGUAUAACAGUGCGUCACUGUUAUAGGUGGGAGGUUGGAAAGGUAAGAUACAUAAAAUUGUUUCUAUAAAAAAUGUGGAGUUUAUUAUGAAAAAACGGUACAUUACCUUUUAUUCAAAGUAUUGUUUAUCACAGCCAGUACUUUUUCCCAGCCUUCUAACAGCAUUCGGAUACAAUGUCGGAAUAAAUACUCAUCUUUCGAGGCUAUCCCCGAAUCCACACAAUUUUCGGUAUCCAUCGGUAUCCAUGACGUAAGCGUUAUUCAGACAGACCAAGUACCAUCGACCGGAACAGGUGAUUCGGAAGGGGAAAUACUUGGGUUGGACUUAUAAUUUAAGUGUUUUCAAAUAGGUUUUGACCAGUACUGCGACAUGUUGAGCAUUAUCACGUAGGAAAAUAAUUUUGUCGCGUCUGGAGUAGUAAUGCUUUCGCUCAGUUUGAGUAGUUUAUAAUACAUAAGACCAAGCAGAUCACACAACAUAAGUUUUUUCCCAUGAUUAUUCGAUUUAGCUAUCGAUAUUGAAGCAUGGCCAGGUGGUCUCCGUGAUUUUCGAUUCUUUGGGUUAUCGUAGUGGAUCCAUUUUUCAUCACUUUAUAUUUAAUACUUCACAUAUUUUAUGCCGGACGGCAAGCAACAUUUUGUACAUUCAAAAUCGGGGUUCAACAUCUCUCGGCUUCAUAUGGAACCCAUUUACUCGUUAUUGAAUCAUUCCCAACGAUUUUAAAUUUUGAGUUCUUAAUUGUAUAAUGCCAAUAAAUUCAUUUUCGUUUUUAUAGAAAGAUAUCCAGUAAUGGUCUAUAGUAAAUUUAAAAAUGUACCGUAUUGUAAUGUACCUGUUUUCUGAUUUCAGUCAUAUAACCUAACACAGUUUUUUUCUAUAAUAAGUCCAUUACAAAUUUUUUUGAUUUUUUUUAAAUAGCUGAUACUUGAGAUCGGUGCGCCACUGUUGUAGGCGGGUAUUUGGAAUGGUGGGUUACCGAAAGUUGUUUAAUUUAUACCUUUAACCAACGAUUAAAUAUUGUUAAUAAAAAACGAUUCGGAGCGAAGUUCGGUUAUACAUGUUUUGAAAGGCCGUAAUGUUUACAAUUUUUGUCGAAAUUUGAUUUUAAAACAUAAAAAAAAAAAGAUGGACAUACUUCGAACGGUCUUUAGGAUCACAAUAGGUAGGUAGCACCACUAGAUUUGAAAAUAUAGUUAUAUCUAACAUACCAUAUAAUAUCAGAACUUCAUAAUCUAUAAUUUCGAAACUAAGUUAGUCCACUCAAUUCUGACUUCACCAUCGUUCUUAAAUCAGUAAUAUAUAUAUAUAUGUUCAAAACAAAAAAUUGAAAAAUUGGUUUUGUUCCACAUCAUUUUUUAUCCAAAAGACUUUCCUCAAAAUUUGAUUUUAAAAUUCUUUUAUAAAAAAUACUACUACAUUAAACUCAAAUUUUCAAAAAGUAAGACUUUUAAUGAACUUACUGUUGAAUUUGUAUGGAUUUCUGUUUAGUCUAACAAUUGUCCGUAACAAAUUACAUAUACAAUUAAAAUGUCUACAAAAAGCUCAAAAAUGGCUUAAAUUUUUUGAAAAUUUUACCUCGUCUAGAAAAGGUAAAUUUCUUGUCUUAAUUUCAAGUUCAUAAAAUCGAUACGAAUAUUUAAAAUCAUAAAUGGUUAGAAUUAAACCUUAAAAAUCCCGAUUAUUAAGAAAACUACUUUGGAUAUUGCAAGACGAUUGAUUCGAUCAAUGGCAAAAUAUUAAAAGGAACACUUGUGAUUUUUAGAUAGGAUCAAUAUUUCUGGUAGAAAACAUCGUAUAAACACAAUAAAAACAAUGAAAACGGUAACACCGCUGUACGUCGUAAAUACUUGACAUUUUACCAAUAAUUUUCUUUCCAGUUUUUCACAAUUAUUUUGAAAAUCAGCUCGGGAAAAAAAUUAAUUCAUCGGAGUAAGAUUUCUGGUAUAAAAGUUGUUUUCAGACAAAAAAAAAACAGAUUAUAGUAAAACUAAUAAAUCCCUCGCUACGCUUCGAAUUUAAAAUAUUGAAAAUAAAGAAUAAAUUCUUUGGUAAUGUAUAAUAACAUGUUAAUUUAUUUUUGUAAAAACAAAAAUUUACCUAUCAAAUUAUAACGAAUAUUUAAAUAUUUCUCGGCGCGUGACAAUAUUUGUAUCAUAAAAAUCAUGAUGAAAAUUAUUUUAAAGGUUAAUGCCUUAAAACACGUUUUUAUUUAUUAUAAAAUAUACGGACUGAGUCCUUCCAAUAAUUAGGUAGAAUAACAUAUAAGUUAAGAUUAAACAAUAGAAAAUAUACAGAUAUUAAAAAAUAUGUUAUUUGUUUAGUCAAGUGUAACAAUAAAACGAUUUAAAGUGGGGUCCGUGUUGGCAUGCGACAUCAAACGUCUUAUAGGUUCAUUACUCAUGUGAUUGGUGGAACUGAAGGGUAUGCGAAACAUAGAAGUUGAGUUUAUCUAGUUAGGGAACUUUCAAUGUAUUGUUGGAAAGUAUGGUUAACGAACCAAUAACAACUAUCAGAAGAUCUUUUAAAAAUUUGUUUCCAAAAUAACAUCUGCGCUCAGCUAAGGAAACUAAACCUAGAUGAGUGGCAACAGGAUAAUAAUCGUGUGGAAGACAAUCAAUACCCUGAAAGUAGCUGGCAGAUCGAUGAAACCUUCACUGAACCCUUUCAAGCUGGCAAGCGUUAACAGCAGUAUAGGGUUCCCAAAUUACGGCACCAUAUUCUACUACAUAGUACUAUACAAUAUAAUACAGUAUAAUAUACUAUUCUGCUUUACAAUAUGUUAUGUUCCACGUCAAUACAACAAUACAAUUAUUUAGAAAAAUAUAAUAUGAUAUAAUAUUAAUCCAAAAACAGGAUAUAAUAUGAUAGAAUUUUAAUAUCAAAUUUUCACGAAAAUCGUAAAUUUUACGACCUUUAUUUAAAACUGAUCUCCGCUUCGUCUUACGUCGAGAAUCGUUUUUCGUUAGCGAUUUUAAUCGUUGGGUAUACAGAUGUACAUUAAAUUCUCCCUCUAAAUCCUACCUUUCUAACUUUUAACCUAUAGCAGUGGCCAAACUAUCGUACGAAGUAUGUCCGUCUUUUGUUUUACUUUUUUUUUAAUUAACUUAAUCUGUUUUAUAUAUUAGAUCUCAACACCAUAUUCUCAUAAGCCUUCUUAGAGUAAUUUCCGGGAUGUUAUUUGAGUUAAGGUAUAAAGGGCAAGUAUUAAAAGACUUUAUUUUCUUUUUGAACCGACAGCAGUGAGAGCUCUGUUUUCACAAUACUUCCCUACUGCUGCCUGAGUAUUAUAAAACUUGUAUGAUUUAGAAGACGAGACAAUCAUAUAUUUAAUUUUAAAUAAAUUCAACAUUUUGUGAGCAAAACAAAAUAUAUGAUUUUCAAACGAACAUACAUUACAUACCUAUUCGGUAUUUUUUUUUUAAAUUCAAUUUUUACAAGCGUAUACCUAACGGUAAAAUAGGUAGGAAUUUCAGAUAAGGUAAAACGAUUUACAUAACAAUAAACGAUUGGUAAUAAGCUCGGGUUAUCAAAAUAUAUUAUGUUCAAUAAUAUAGGUAGGUAACCCAUGUUAUUUUAUGGCUCGAACUCUUGAAUUGUUUUUUUUUCUUGUGUCGACAAAAUACUAAACUGGUCUUGUUGAAAACCUGUAAGUAAGUUGCAAAUUCCACUGACGAAGUGGUAUUUAAUUUUUUUUUCUUCUGAAAUUACAUAAAAUAAUUUCUGGUAAACAAAUUAUAAUGUAGAUGGGUAUAUACAUUAUUAUUAUUUAUUGUACAGUUAAUAACUGUUUUUAUGCAUGCUCUUCAGCAUAGGCGUUGUCUAAGAAUUUACUGUCAAUUUUUUCCAAUGAAAUACGAUUUGUUUUUACUUUUUCAUAGCAAUUCUGCUGUUUCAUAGCACUAAUCGAUACAGGUAUUAUAUAUUCAGAGACCUGAACUCUAUUCUCAAAUCAAACGAAAUGCGUUUUUGAAUGAAAAUAAUAAAAACUGAUCGAAAGUUGUACAUUUCCGAUUGAUUUUAAUCAACUACUGUUUGUUUUAAAAAUAGGUCACUAGAGUACAAAAUUAUUUUUAAAAGAUCAUACUAUUGUUUUCAGGAUUUUCAAAAAUAUAAAUCGUAAUAUUAGUCAAAAUUUGAUGAUAAAAUUCUUAUAUAAAAAAAAUUCUACAUUACUUCACACAAUUUUUUUUUUUUUUGACCAUAAAUUUGUAUGUAUUUCUAUUUAGUCUAACAAUUUUAUCUACAGAGUACCUACCGAAUAAAAAUUACUUAAAAACUCGCAAAAUUAAAAUGUUCAUAAAUAACUCAAAAAUAGCACAAAUGUUUAAAAUAAAAGUAUUUUCUACGUUUUUCCCCGUAUUUCUUAAUUAUUAUGAAAACCGCUUAGAAAAUCGAAAAAUGACUUUCCUAAUGUAUCAAGUCGAUAAAUUGCCUUUCAGAAAAUGUGCUAUACUUGAUACAUCGAAGGAAGGUUUCUGGUAGAAAAAUUGUUCACAGAAAGAAAAAAAUAAACAUCAUUGUCAAAUCAAUUCAUUCCUCAUCGCUACACUCUAAAAAUAAUCGAAAAACGAUCGAAAAAAGCCAAAAAUAAUUUUAAAAUUUCAUAAUAAAACUCAUGAAUCUUUAUUAUACUUCUCUCGCGGAUACCUAUAGCGAUGACGGACGUGACCAGUAGAUAAGAUAACAAAAAAUAAGCGUUGGAUAAUAGUGUACAAAGGUGAAAUUAUUUAAAAUUCAUAUGGGCGAACAAAUCUCGGUGUUCGUUAAUGGCUUACGUAAUCACAAAGUAAUAAACAUGCAUACAAAUGUAGACAAAACUAAGUAGUAAAAAAACAUGUUUUUUUUUUUUUUUAAAUUGAAAUAAGCAAAAUAAAGUACUCUUAAAUUUAAUUUUUGAACUCUUUGUAACAUGAUUUACGUGUAGGAAUGGUAAUAAAACAUCCAUGUGUAUUUUCCCAAAUACACAGAUUUUUAUUUAAACUUUCGAUAUUCUCAACAUAGAUGGUCUGAAAAAAACAUAUCGGUACAUCGAUGUUCACAAAAAAUUGCCAUCUCUACAUACCUGUGGAUAACUUUCAGUUUCAGUUAGAUUUAAUAUCAAGCCAAACAAAUAAGUAAAUUCCGUCAUAAAUCUCGAACCCUGAUUAUAAUAUAUUCUAAUAUUUUGUUACUAUAUUAUAAUGUUGUAUACCUAACUACUGCACGGCUUAGGUUAAAUAUAAUAUAAUGAGUCACCGAAAAAAAAAAACAGGUAGCUAACUUAACCUUGAACGUUUGAAUAUUAUGUCAAUUUAAUUAAGCUAAAACAUGCAAUGUGUAUAAUGCGAGUAUACCUACCUAAAAAUUGCAAAUUUAACUUUUCGAUUUCCGCCCGUGUACAUGUAUAGAUGUAUUGAAGAUCCGAACGACCGCCGCAAGGUUUAAAGUACUGUUGACUGUUUUGUAAAAUAAUAAUUAUAUAUCUGGUUAAUAAAUCAUUUUGAUUUCGUCGUAAUAAAGUAUCGAGUAUUCGUGUGUUUAAUUAAUAGUGCCUGUUCGCAACAGGAAAAACAAGUGCUCGAGUUGUUCUUUAUACAUGUCGAUCAAUCUUUGAUAAGACACUAAUUAUCUAGGAAAAUAUUAACUUUUUUUGGAAUCCCUAAAAUUUUACACUACCUCUAUUUUUUAUCACUUUUAUUUUUGAGGGUAAACCGCUACUCGCGUUCGAUUGCAACCUGCAUUAAAAAAAAUCGUAUAAAUAGACGAAGUUUUAGUUUAAAAACAUUUGAUGUUGACAUUUUUAAUUUUCGCUAAUCUGUUGACGAGAUACUGCACUUUUAAGUUUUAUUAGUGAGAAAUUAUGUAGCGGAGCGUUGUUCAAACGCUGCGUCACCGCACAAAUGUGUGCUGUUCCACUAAGACACCCCUGCCUAUACUUAAAAGUUGGUGCUGAGGUUAAGAGUGUUUGGAAUUUCGAAUGGUCGUAUUAGAGUAAUAUUAUUGUUGUGCUCGGGUCUGAAUCGUUUUUCGUUUACAAUGGUUUAUCGUUGCGUAUAAAGUUUAAAUUACUCUACAUUUGCUCGCCCCUUGUCCAACUUUACUCCUAAAUCAGAGGCACAUGCUCAUACGGGUUUUUUUCAAAUAUAUUAAUAUGACGAAUAGUAUAAUGUCAGUGUAAUAUUUGUACCGCGUAUCGUAGCGAUUCGGCCGCACAUCCGGGUGUAAUUAAUGAUAUACUCGUUAUUCAUUUAGUAACUAUAGUAAAUAAUUUCGAUACGUUUUAUUAUUGUUGACAUUUUUUUUUAAUGCAUAUAUCGCGUGCACGUAUUUUACAUGUUCAUACAUUUUAUCGUCUUCGUCUCGUCGGCCGAAAUAAUCGGUUAAAAUCCCCGGACGUGCUGCUGUACCAACCACGAAACAUUAUUGUCCGGCGCGCGUGUUAUCAUUGUAACAAUGACGACGGUGCCCGAAUCACGAAAACCGUACCAUCUCGGCUGUUAUGUUUAUAAACAAUUCAUUUUGGAACGGGGCGAGGUAAGACGCGACGAUUUAUAUUCCGCCCGUAUUUCUAUGCAAUAUUAACGUAGUACAUAUGAACAUUGUUUCGGCACCCCGCAGCCGAUGAUGUACGAAUUAACGGCCGCAUCCGAAUUGCGUGUCAAAAAAAAAAAAAAAAUAAUAAAAAAAUAUAUAUAUGUAUAUAUUGGUCGAUAGCCGAGUUGCGUGCUCUUUUUUUUUCACUGCCGGAGUCGAGUUGCGUGUGCGGUUUUUUAUUUUUUUUUUACCGGAGUCGAGUUGCGUGCGCGUAUUUCGUGGUGUGACAGGCCCGAAAUUGCGUGCCCCAGCGUGUUUUCACUUUUCGCCGACCCGUGAAAUACGGUCACCCGGUAAAUUCGAUACGUCGUAAUAAUAUGGGUUUACUCCGAGGAACGAGACUGGAUUAGUUAAUUGUUGGACAUCCCGGCAUCCAGAUCUCAAUAUUAUCAACGAUUUCCGAUAUAAUAUUUUAACACCUACGACCGGGAAUAAACGAAAUGGACGUAAUGUACAGUGAAAAAAAUAAAAAACUGUACAUUAUUAACGGGUAUAAAUUUCAUUUCAAUAAAUUUUUAAAUAAUAAUAUUGAGAGAUGGGCGUGCACCAAAAGAACGUGUAAAUCUUAUUUUAAAUUGAGCGGAAGCAACAGUGCGAUUAUUUUUAGUGUUUUAAAUCACAACCACGAAAGAGAUGAUGUAAAUAUUUUGACACGACAAAAAUUAAGCAAUCAAUUAAAACAUAAAGUUCUGGACGAUCUGUGUGAAAAGCCGUGCAAAAUUGUGCACCGUGAGUCACGUGAAGGGCACAUUUAUAGUAGUUUGACUGUCACAGACACGGUACGUAUUCGAAACAAUAUUCACUGUAUCCAACGUAUUCGCGUUCAAUUGUGAAUCCAAAGUUACCGACAAAUUUAGACAAACUACAUUCGCCUCCAACAUAGUCGGGUGAAAUCAAGACAAAUCGAAAUGAAUUACCUACCUGACUAUGUCCAUAAAUAAUUGUGAACAAAUUAUUGUAGUAUUUGUGACCCAAACUAACUUGUAAUAUUUAACUGAAAGUGUCGUUUUAUAUGUUUAUGGUACGUAUAAAAGUUGACCCCUUAUCUGCAGUCUGUAAUUUAAUUUAAUUAUAGAUUCUGAACGUAGCGAGAAAUGUUCAUAUUAAAUAUCAUUGUAAAAUUACGUUAAUUUCGUUUUUUAUUCUGUAAACAACUUUUCUACUAGAAAUCUUGUUCCGGUGUAUCGAGUGUAGCGACUUUUUUUAAAGGAAAUUUUGUUUCGUUAAUACUCGUAGAGGUGAUUUUUUUCAUUUUCCUAGCGGAUUUCAUAACAACUGGGAAAGAACGGGGAAAUUGUACGUACAUGUAUACAAAAAACUUCGCUCCGAAUCGUUUUUCGUUAGCAAUGGUCUAUCGUUGCGUACAGAUAUAAAUUAAAUUCCCCCUUAUAUCCUACCUUCCCAACUUCUCACCUACGACAGUGGCCCACCUAUCGUGCGGAGUAUGUACGUCUUUUUUAACUUUACUUUGAACGAUUUUGACAAUGUGAUAAUUUGUAAAGUACAUUUUAUUUAAUGUUGGUUUUAAUCAUUACUAUAACACAUAAUUCAUUGUACAUAUACUUGUGCUUAUCUUUAUUUGAAACCGUUAAUUUUAUAAUUCAAUACGUUUUAUCCGGUCGGGUAUUUGUAUCGUUUUUGACGGUUUUGAUUAGUACAAUUCAUUAUGUAUGUAUCAGUGGCGAAUUGAGCGUUUUAUCAAGGAGAGAACUAAUGAAUUUGGAAACUGUUUAUCCAGAUAUACGUGGGCUAAAAAAAUAAUCGAGAUGUUACUUUUGUAAUUAAUUUAUUACCUACUCAUUCCGCCCGAAAAUAUCAUUCAUUCAUUCAUAUUUAUUCACGUAUUUAAUUCAUAUACCUAACUAAGGUAAUGCACUACGUGUUUAUGAGACCUACCCAUUUGUCGGACAAAUGUAAAUGACGGAAUUGUAGCCACAGCGGUCCGUAGCCAACUCCGAAAACAUAAAAAGUCCGUCAUGUCCGAACCUCCCGGGAAGAAAUUUAAUAUCUAAAACUUUUGGCCGUUGAUAAAACACGACUGGCGGAAAUAAAGGCGGAGGGGGAACGGGAGAAAAUAACGUCGGCAGGUGGUCACAUUUUGUAACAGAAAAGUCGGCAAGACCCGAGGACCCUAAUACGAAAUUAUGUUAUUGUGAUACAUUUGACGAAGAAAACUGCAGUUGGCAACAGAGUAAUAUUGUAUCUGGAGCCCCUUAUCAAUUUUCGGCAACCGGCAAUAUCCGCCCUGUUAUGCGUGAUGUACGUACAAUUGUAGUGUAUCGCACAGUGGUGCACACGGAACACCACUCCAUUGCACGAUAAUAAUAUUAUAAUGAAUUACAAUGACAUUAGCGCGAUAAAAAUUAGGUUUUUUUUUUUAAUUUUUUUUUUUUUUCUUAUAAAAAUAAUAACGUUUUGAAACCGUGAUACGGCGACAAUACGAAAUAUAGGUGUGCGGAAUACUGAACGUAAACGGAACAAUUGACGAAUCCGAAACACAUUGUAACAAUCGCAGAGUGCAGGAUUACUGAUUAAAGAUGACGUUACGCGCGCUCUUGGUUGCCGUUUCCCGUCUUACGAACCGCGCGGCAUACCGUUGAAACAUGCACAGAACCCCUCGCUUAGUUUUUUGGGCCUGGGGACGCCUGUUGUAAAAUCGGAAGAGGACGCUGGGCAAGACGACGCGUAUUUUCCCGGUUUUCUCCGAACACUACGGUCGGUUUACCGUUUAUUAUAAACAUCGAUUUUUUUCGAUUUUUUUUUUUUUUUAUAUAUAUCUAAAUCGCCAACGUCUCGCCCUCCGGAAUAUUGUUCCAUGUUCGUAUCGUAACAGACAUAAAAAAAAGAGACGCUUUUACUCCGAAACCGACGACAACCGAGCGAGCACUGCGCGCGGGCGACGCGUAAUCUAAUGGUGUUUUCACAUUUGCAAUGUCGAAUAAAUCUGUAUUUACAUCGUUCCCCGGUCAUUCUAACGCAAUUAUUGGCGACUAGUACAUUAUUAUUCUUUUGGUAAACGGUUUUAUAUAAAUCGUAUUAUUUGCGAUAGCGUUUUUAAACCGCAGACGCUCGAGCAGAAAUUGACAAUCAAUAUUGCCGUUAACGUGUUUAAAUAAAAACAAUUUAUAAAUGUUUGGGUAUAAGGCCACAUCGCGACUAUUAGUAAUCGGUGUAAGUUAAUGAUAAGUAUGGGUUAGUCAUCUAACCCACUUUAUACUCGUGUGCGGUUGGAUACAGGUUUGGCUUAAGAAAAUGUGCGUAUUGAGGUUUUUUUUUUUAUAUUAAUCUAGUUUUUUUUUUUUGUUAUCAUAUACAAACUGUAGUAAUAGGCGCCGACGUGUUUUUAAAUUUUUCUGACCGAAAAUCAUGGAAAUUCGAAUUGCACACCGGUGGAUUUGUUAUUGGGCACGGCUGCAACAAUACGAAUUCGUUAUGGAAAAUUAAGUUUUUGCAUCGCUUAAACCCUAGGCGGCGUAGUAGGGGUGUGUACAAUAAUAAUGGACAGAACAAACAAAAAAAAAGAAAAAAAACCCGAAACCCAAAGUUCGGGCGGACAUUUUGUAUCCUCCCUCAUAAUCAACCACCACCACCCCCAACCCCCGCCGUCCCUCUUCAACGACGCUCGUUUUCGUAUUCGAAUAAAACCCACUCGAUUUAAUCGCGCGUAUCGGCAAGCGCGCCGUGAUGUCGUGGCGUGUCGUGCCGCGCGUCAUAAAUAUUACGAUAAUAACACAACGUACGCGUGUAUUUAUUAGCGCGCCCCGGUACCCUAAAAUAUCGACCGAGUAUACAAUCUCAGGGGGGGAGGGGGUGUCGGGUGGCGGUGAGGGGAAAGGUAACCCCGCUCGCCGCGGGGCCGGGCAGCCGCGGCGCGUCGAAAGGCCGCCGUGGUCGCAAUAAGCGGUGCCCGGCAUUAGCGAAUAUAGCGGCCGCCCGAAACGCAAUACCUACGGAACUUGCGUGAACGACGGCGACGGCUACGACGACGAUGAUAUUGUAUUUUAUUAUUAUCGCCUUCUCGCGCGUUAUUAUUAUUAUUAUUAUUAUUAUUGUCGAAUUAAUAUCGCCGGGACUUUAUUUCGCGGCGAGGAGCAGCUUUCCCGCGAUGUGGGGAGGGGGGGGGAGCCCGCGAGUAUCGAGCGCAAUAUUGGCGUGUCGCAGAUUAGAUAAAGGCCGGGCAACCGUAUCGUACGCAAACGCCUGUCGAGUCUCGUAUUAUUAUUAUUAUUAUUAUUAUUAUUAUUAUUAUUAUUGUAAUAUUGUACAUGUAUAUAUAUUGAGAAAAAAAAACUGGUUUCAUGAGUGAGGGAAGGCCAGCGCAGUGUUAUGUUGGCGUGUUGCAGUGACGGAUGUACGGUGUCUGACGUCGUCCGCGCACAACCGACUGCGGAGUGCUGAUAUUUGUCAAACGCCGUAACAUUAUUGCUGUUACGUUCUGUUGCUGUACACGCUGCCGCCGGAGUGGCCGAUUUGAUUUUUCGUACUUUUCGUAUUUUAUUUUUUUUUCCCCUCUAUUCCCCCUUUCGUUCCGUAUCAAUAACGGUCGCGCUCGCGCAACACCUAUCCAAUCGUCAUGGCCGAGGAAACGAACGUCGGAUAUUCGGGAAUCAAUAUUUCCACCACAAACGUCGCCGCCACCAAGGUAAAUACAUCACCCGGAAAUCCCGGGUAACGUUAUUCUGGCCGUUUGCCCGCCCGUCCGACGGCGUUUUAUUAUUAUUAUUUUUUUUUUUCACGAUCGUUUCCGAAUAAACUUUGUUGUUGCACGAAAUUUCGGUUUCGAAAAAAAAAAAAAUUAAAUAAAUAAAUUUAUAGUGUAGUUGUCGUCGUUGUCUUGUAUUACGUUAUUUUUACGGGCCGCGUUCGAAUAAAUCCCGUUCGGAAGGCCCGUACAAUAAUAAUAAUUAUUGUUAUUUUUAUCAUCAUCGUUGUUUCGAGAUAGUAGGAAAUAGUGUGUGUGGUUUUUUUUUUUUUUUUUAUUCAUCCCCGUCAGACACCAGCCGACGGCCAUCGGUACUCGCGGGUGUCGCCGAUUGAUAUUUUCGAAGGGGGCGCCCCCGUCAGGAAUCCGGAAAUUUUUCCGGCCAUCAAAAUCCAAAGUGCGUGUUUUCAACAUGAGGACAUGGUGUGGGUAGGUGAGAUCGUUAUACAAUUGACAGCAACGAGAAUAACAUAUUUUUAUUUUAUUUUUUUCCGGUUAUUUAUUAUUUAUAAUUAUUCGCUAUUGUCCAUUACGAACGUUAAAAACGUACGGCCUAAACGCGAUAAAAAUAGAAAAUUAUCCAGCGAGAUAAUUGACGACCGUCUUGUUCAAAAGCAGGAAAUUAAGGUUCUAAAAUAACGCGCGCGCGUUAUGUAACUUUCGUUUUCUUCCCACCCGUCGUUUGGGGUGCGCACCGGGGUGGGGGAGGGGGGGGGAUUGAUCACUCGACGGGUAAACUUAACCGGGCAACGUUAUUUGAAAAUUGUACUUCGACUCCGGGGGGGGGGGGGGGAAGAAAUUAAAGUAACAAUAACAAUACUCAUAUCGUUCGGUAUGACGUACCCGCGCGCGUUCAAAGGCGAUUUUCCCACGUAAAAUAUCAACCUGUUCAAAUGUAACGAAUCUGCACGUAGUCGUUCGGCGUUUGAAUCGACGGCGGUUACGCGUCCGUUCCGAUGCCGUCAAUUACAAUUUUCAGUCGAUACACAUCGAAAACGUCGGCAAUUAAAUGAUUCACACUCGAUUUACAAUAAUUAAACCGCGCGAGACCGCAUUAUUAUUUGUAUAUGUUGCCCGUCCAUACAAAUUGAUAGAAACUGAAAAACGCAUAUUUUUUUUUUUUUAUUUUUUUUAUUGCCCGCGAACGAUUAUUUAAUAUUUUUUUUUUUUUUCGUAAAGAAAAAUUUCCGUUCGGUUUUCUUUAUGCGCAUUGUGCGCGCGCGUGUUAUCUGUUUGCAUUCGUUCCCACUCCAUCGUCGUGCGUUUAAUUUUGUAGUUUUCGUUUCAACGUGGAACUGAUGAACAAAUAAUUAAGUAACAGGUAUUAAACGUAUUUUCGCGAUAGGUAAUAUAAAUAACCGGAGGCAUUUGUAGGUCACGGUGUCUCUUUAAAGACACAAUACACCGUGAAUGGAAUCAUUUCGUGGUCUGGCGCAGUGUGCUAUUCAAAUGAGAUCCGAAAGAAAAUAAAAACAAUAUUUUAAAUGUGAAUAUACUAAAAUAACCACGUACACGUUUAAAUAUCGCGGCCUUUCCACGCGCAUUUAUAACCGGACUCCGCUCAGAACCGUUUUUCGUUACACGUUUAGCAACGGUUAAUCUUCGCGUACGUUUAAUUUCCACUCGGGUACCAUCCCGACUUUUCAUAACUACGUCGGUGGCCGACCCACGCGCGAAUUGUGUUGUGUCGGUCUUUUUUUUAAAUUUUAAAAACCAUGUUUUCGACCAAGAAUUUUGCUCCGAUCCAAUAGUGACUGGAGAUCGGUUUUGUUCAUUUCAACACAUAGUCACUGACCGAUAAAGUGGUUUUUUUUAUAUUUAAAAUGUUUUUCAUGAAAAGUGGGAAAAACCAAUAAAGACGAAAUUCACUGGUUUUUUUUUCAAAUUGCGGCACUGCGAUUUCAUUAUUUUAAAUUGUCACCCUUUCCGUUUUCUACCAUAUUGUACCAAUAUUGCUCCAAUGGAAAAACAUAUCAGAGGUCUUUUUUUUUAUUGAAUUUUUAAUUUAGUUGGUGAACAAAGUCGUUUUUUGAUUCAGUUUAAAAUAUUCGUAGAGAUUUAAAAUGUUGACAGAAAAAUGUAUAUUUACUCUUUCUAGAUGUGAUGAAACUUUUAGAACAUUUGAGUAAUUUUUGAGCUGUUUAUAGAUAUUUAAAUUUUACAAGUUUUUUUACGUUAUUUUUUAUUUGGUAGAUAAUUUGUUAGAGUUAACGAGAAUGAUUGAAUUUGAUAGGAGGUUCAUUUUAAGUCGUACUGAGUAGUCAAAAAAAAAAGUUGAAUGUAGAUUUUUAUUAUAUAUAUAUGAUUUAAAAUCAAAUUAAAUUUUGACAAAAAUCAUAAAUAUUUCGCUUUUCAGAACAUAUACAACCGAACUUCACUGCGAAUCGUUUUCAUCUUUUAAUAGUUUAUCAUUGUUUAUAGGAAUAAAUUGUAUAACUUUGUUACCCACCUUCCCCACAGCUCACCUAAAACAGUGGCUGCACUCGUCCUCAGUAUCAACAAUUUUUAUUUGUUUCUAAUUUAUGUUAAUUAAUAAUAUUUAGACUGAGGGUCAACCGAGAGAUAAUUAAGUUUUUUAGAGAUUUAUGGAUUUUUUUUUUCUGGAGGCAUUCAAUAUUCAUCAAAUUAUUUAUAAUUUAUUAUGGAUAGACUAUUUUGAACAGACACACAGAGUGUAUUUUAUAAAAGCCAUUUUUCAAACAGUACUUCGCACAUUCUUUUGAAAAGUUUCAAAGUUGAAAAUAAAGCACAUGUCUACCUAUUUAAAUUUUACAAGCCAAAGUUGUUUUUUUGUUUUAAUAUAAGAAUAUAAUACAGAUUCAAGUGAGUUAAUAGGAAACUUAAUUUAAAAUCAAUGCCCAGAAAUAAUAUAUAUAUAUAUAUCAAAUCAUUGUUUACUAUAAUAUACCACUGCUCCAGUACACAUGUUGAUAAUCAAAUUGAUAUUUUAAAGUUAUAUUAAAAAUUGAUACCUAUUUGAAAACACUAAUGAUAUAUAUUAUCAUUUUUGGUUUUUGCAAUUUAUCUCAAGUAUAUAACAAGUAAAAUUAUAAUAAUAUUUCCUUUUGCCACAACAGUUAACAAACGAAAUAGCAUUUUUCUUAUAAAUUAGAUAGUAGGUAUAUUGUCAUAUUGAUGUUUGAAUUAUAAAUAUAUAAUCAAUAAAAAUAUUAAAUGUACUUACAUAAAACACAGAAAACACUUAAAAAAAUUAUAUUACCUGUACUAACAACUCAUAAAAACUUGUAAAUUUUAUUUCCAAUUUGUCCAGUUGACCAUACCAGUAGAUAAAAAUUAAAGUUAAUUCAUAGUGUGAAUUAUUAGUACUACCUAAGUGUUUAUAUGAAUUUCAUACUAAGGUGAAAGAAGUGAGUGUCUGAAUCACCCACAUCAUUUGUUUAAAGUCGUAUGGUUUUUUUUUGUUCGCUUAUUUGUGUAUAUUUUUGGUUAUUGGAAGUUUUUGAUUGUGUGCUUACAACAGUGUAGGAAUUUAUAUUUGUUAUAUUAAAUGGAUAAUCAAAUUAAAAAUCAAAUGUUACCUACUAAAAAAAAUAAUAAUAAAAAAAUCCAAUUUUAUUUUGGUUGAAACAUUAUUAAUGGUUAAUAUUAAUAAUACCUAUUAGUAACUAAUAAUAUUACAAUUAAUUUUAAACAACUGUUUUUUUAAAAUUGUACUCAUAAAGUAAUAUUAUUAAACUUAUUUUCAUUUUGUUUAUAGCCAAAAGGACACUCUAGAGUUCCUUCUAGUACAGAUUUGAAAGAGUUCAAAGAAGUUACCCAACGUGAUUCAUUAGUGCAACUUGAAAAAGAAAUUGAAUCAUUGCUCGCAACUACACCUGAGGACAACAAAAGUCUAGCUAAAUCACAGUUUACUGCAUUUUCCCGUUUAUUCCAACGGUUUUUAGAAGAAUCUGGUCCAUCAGUUGAUUGGGAUCAAAUUGAAAAAUUGCCUACUGACGCUGUAAGUAAAUAAUAUUGUAGAUAAUUUAAUAAUAUAUGCCAUAUAAUACAUAUAUUUAAAAUAUUCAUACGUCAUUACCUGAUAUUUUAUUGACUUUAUAAUUUGACCUACAGAUAUUUUUUAUCGUGUUUUUCCUCUAUUCAAUAAUCUGAUACCCAUUUGUUUUUGAUAACAUUUUUUUAAUGACCCGAAACAGUACUUGUGAUCAUUUGAUUAUAUAAAUUAAUAUGAUGAAUACUGUUAUACAACAGAAUAUUCAAAACAAAAAUGUAGAAAUUAUUUAUUGACAAUACAUUAUUAAUAUAAAAUACCAUUGCUAUCAUCUGAAAAUGUAUUUAUAUUUUUAUGUAUAAUCUUAUUCUCACAAGUUACAGCUUGACUUCCUUGUCAGAUUUAUUGUGAAGUCAAGGUUUGAUUACCUUUAAUAUUGAUUUGAAACAUUGAAAAACACAUAAUUAUUACUCAUUAUAUUAUUACAGUUUGUUUGAAUGAGGAAAUACAAUUUAUAAAUUAAUAAAUAAAUAGCUUCUCAUUAUUAUUUUUUAAUAUGAUAAAAACCACAUUCAUAAGUCCAAACAACAAAUAUUGUAAUUUUUAAUUAAUUAGAAGUAUUAAUCUCGAGUGUUUUACUCGAGUAGUUUUGACAUUUAGAAUAUAAAUUUAUCAAAAUUCUACAAUAAUAAAUAAAACAAAUUAAGAUACAUUUCAUUGACCUUUAAUAUCAUUAAAUCAAAUAAAUUUUAAUGUAUAUUUAAUUUAUUUUCAAAAUUAAUACCUAUUGAUCCAAAACGGCACAGUACUAUUGAAUUUGUAAAGUUGUCUAGAAUUUUAAUUUCAGUAUUUUUUAAACAGAUAUGAAAAUAUUCAUUAUGAUUUAAAAUGUACUGCAACAGUUUUUAAUAAUAAUUAAUAUUUAAUAUAUUUUGUGAUUUAGAUCAGAGAUUAUGAAACACUCUCAAAACCAAGCCCCGAUGACAUACAUAAGAAACUCGAAAAAUUGGUGGUUGUUAAGCUUAAUGGAGGUCUUGGAACAUCUAUGGGUUGCCGUGGUCCAAAAUCUGUCAUACAAGUUAGAAACGAUCUCACUUUUCUUGACCUGACAGUCCAACAAAUUGAAGUAAGUAAUUAUUGUUAUUGUUCCACAAUGAUACAAUAAAACUUAAGACAUGCAUAUGUCAAUAAUAAUAUUUUGUUCUGGGUCCUAAAUUUUGUUGGUCAUUGCUAGUAUAAUUUUCAGUCAUAAUACUUCUCUAAAACAAAAAUUCAAAACAGAUUCAAUUAUGUUAGACCAAAUAUAAUAAAUGUAUAAUAAAAUGUAAUGUAUAUUAAUCCUUUUUUUUUCAGCAUUUAAAUAAAAAAUAUAAUGUAAAUGUUCCAUUGGUUUUAAUGAACUCUUUUAAUACGGAUAACGAUACUGAGCAGAUUAUUCGCAAAUAUAAAGGGCUUCAAGUUGAGAUUUAUACAUUCAAUCAAAGCUGCUUUCCUCGGGUAGCUAAAGAAUCAUUAUUACCAAUUGCGAAAAACUGUAAUAUCGAAAGCAAUAUUGAAGCGUAAGAUAAUUAAUUAUAUUUAGUUAAAUAAAAAUGUUUAAUACAUUUUGUAUUUUAGAUGGUACCCUCCAGGCCACGGAGAUUUUUAUGACAGUUUUAAAAAUUCAGGCUUAUUACAAAAGUUUAUUGACAGCGUAAGUUUUGUUUUAUUUCAUUAUGUAAUAACUAAACAAAUAUACUUUUAACAUUUUGAUUUAUUAAAAUAAUUUCAUUGUUACUAACCAUUUCAAAUCACUUUUUUAGGGUCGUGAUUACUGUUUCAUCUCAAACAUUGAUAAUUUAGGCGCAACUGUAGACUUAAAUAUUCUCAAUAUGUUGCUAAUGGGCCCCGAAACUAAUUCCUUGGAAUUUGUAAUGGAAGUUACCAAUAAGACCAAAGCUGAUGUUAAAGGUGGUACAUUAAUUCAAUAUGAAAAUAAAUUGAGACUAUUGGAAAUAGCACAAGUACCGAAAGAACAUCUUGAAGAAUUUAAAUCAGUUAAAAAGUUCAAGUUUUUCAACACAAAUAAUUUAUGGAUUAAGCUUAACGCUAUUGAAAAAGUUCUAAAUGAAGGAUCCAUGAAUUUGGAGAUUAUAGUCAACAACAAAACAUUAGACAAUAAUUUAAAUAUCAUACAACUUGAAACUGCAGUUGGUGCUGCUAUGAAAUCAUUUAGUGGUGGUCUAGGUAUUUAAAAGAAAAAAUGUGAUAUAAACUUUUUGAAAUAAAUGUUUAUUUUAUUUUUGUUUUAAAAUAGGUAUAAAUGUACCCCGAAGCCGUUUCUUACCAGUGAAAAAAACAUCUGAUCUAUUGUUAGUGAUGAGCAACUUGUACAAUAUGCGUAACGGAUCACUAGCUAUGAGUCCUCUAAGAAUGUUUCCAACAACUCCGUUAGUAAAACUUGGCGAUAAAGAUUUUGCCAAAGUCAAAGACUUUUUGUCUCGUUUUGCAACAAUUCCUGAUAUACUUGAAUUAGAUCAUUUGACAGUUUCAGGCGAUGUAACAUUUGGUCGUAAUGUGUCUUUAAAAGUAAGAAUCGUGUAUUUUAUGAAACUUAGUUAACUCAAAAUUGAAAAUACCUCAAAUUGUACAUUCAGUCCUCCCUAGAAUAUUUCCUAAUUAAAUAUAUAUGUUCGAAUAACUAGAGGUUCCAUAGUGUAUUUCAAUAGUAUACAUGUAAUUUUUGUAAAUUGAGCCAAUUUAUUAUUAAAACCAACUAGAGAUCAGUGCUAUGAUCAACAUAAAAAAAUUGUCAAAAUAAAAAUAACUAUUUAUUCUUUUUAAAUGAGCAAUAAAUUAUUUAUGUAUGUAGAUAUGAAAAUUAGAUAUAUAAACAAAAAUGUAUUCUUGUUCUGUAUAGCUUAGCUGGCCUUAUAGUACCAUUAUUGCUACCAACUAUCUCAUUCCAUCAGUUUCUUAUCAUAAUGUGCUUGAAUCAGCUUUAAAUUUUCGCUAGCUAUUUUUUUUUCAGAUUCGCCUUCUAAUACUUAUACCUAAGAAAAUUAGGUUCUCCCAUAGAUAUUUUGUUAUGUCUUUUUAUAUCCUUGUAUAUACCUACUUACAAGUUUCUUUUAUCCUUAUUGUACCAUGCUCGCACAUAUAUUUUGAGUUAUUCUAAUCAAUACUGUAAUUUAUUGUUUUAAGGGCACAGUAAUUAUAAUUGCAAACCACGGUGAUCGAAUUGACAUACCAUCAAACGCUACUCUUGAAAACAAGAUAGUAUCUGGAAAUCUGAGAAUACUGGAUCACUAGAAAAGUUAAAUAUAAUUUUAUUGCUACUUAUUUUUAAAGUACAUGUUAUGUAUUUUAGAUAUCCAUUUGUUGUUUUUAUUUAUUUUCAAAAUUAUGUUAGUGAAUUAUUUAUUAUUGUUAUUUAUAAUCCGAAUAGGACAGUUAUAAUUUGCCAUACUACCAAAUAUUUUAAGUGUGCAAAUUUAUUAUAGAGAAUGUUUAUACUCAUAGUCUUAUUGCUUAAAUAUGUCGUAUGUGUGUUUGUGUAUAAUUAUUGAAAUCAAAAUAAACUAACAUAUUAUAUUAUUUAGAAAUAAAUUAAAUUACGAGAUGUCCAGAAAGUAACGUUACAACAUGUGUUAAAAAUUGAAAAACGAAUAUAUUUAAAUGAAAUUUACAAGAUAAGUGUUAAAACAUGUCAUUAUUUUUCUACAUAAUCGCCAUUAAAGUCCAUAUAUUUUUUAAGCCUAGGGACCAGUUUAUCCUUGUCAUAUACCUUCCGCUCCACUUCCCAAAGCCACUUUUUGACAGCAUCCUGGACCUCCUCGUCAUAUGAUAAUCGGUUGGUACCAGGUCCUAGGAUAGGGUGAACUAGUCACAAUAUCCACCCAAAUGAAACAAGCAGGUCCUGAGUGAGACUGGCGUUGUCAUGAAGGAGUGACACAUCACGAGUCAGCAUACCUCUCCUUUUGUCUUUGAUUUUUUUUUUCAACUUCUUGAGUGUCACAGUAUGCAGCAGCAUUAUGGUGGUCCUUUUUGACAUAAAAUAGACCAAUAAUAUCCCUUUCCGGUCCUAAAAGACAGAUGCCAUGAUCUUCCUCUCUGAUAAUUGAACCUUGAAUUUUUUGGUUGAUGGUGAAUUGCUAUGACGCCACUGUAGAGACUGCCUUUUUGACUCGGGAGUAUAGUGACACACCCACGUUUCGUCACCAGUUACAAUUGAGUCAAGAAAAAUUUCACCCUGGCUUUCACAACGCUCAAGAAAUUCGCGUGCAGGCCAAAACACGAUUUUGACGAUGUUCUGCUGGAGUCAACAUUUUUGACACCCACCUUGCACACAACUUCUUAUAAGCAAGUUUUUCUGAUAUGAUUUAACCCAGGAGACUUCGUGAGAUGUGUGGGAAAUUUUCACUAAGGGUGUCAAGAGUCACACGACGAUCAUCGCGAACUUUAUUUACAACCUGGUGCAGAAGCUCAUCUGAAAUUGCGGAUGGUCUUCCACUCCUUUCUUCGUCGUGAGUGUCAGUACGGCUUUCUUUAAAUAACCUAACUCACUUGGUAUCAUGCUGACGUGUCAUCAUCUCGGAUCCAUACGUUUCCACAAGCUGGCGAUGAAUACUGGCUGCGGAUUCGUUACACAAAGCAAGGAACCGAAUAACAGAGCGUAUUUCACAUCUGCGGUAGGUGGAGCGAUCGGAGGACGAAUUGUUUGACGCCUUUAGCUGCUGUGACGACAUUUUGUAACGGACUGAGGCGUUUGAUGAUUUGGUGAAAAUAAUUGUACAUAGAAAAGACUAAGUCUAUAAUACUUAAAUUUUAUCAUUAGAACUGGUUUAAGAACAUAAAUGUACAUAUAUGAAACUACUAUUGUAUUGUGAAAUAAACAGUUGCCUACAGUUUUAUACAUUAAAAUGUAAAAUUGUUGCGUACAUUUACGUUAUGUCUCUGAAACGUUAAUUGAUUACAUUAACAAAUGCUGAAAAGGUGAACAUAAUCAACGAG